UCGUACGCCAACAGCGCCAGGCGACAGCCGACAAUCGACGACGCAGCAGCAAGUCAGCGAGUCAGCGGCGCGCUGGAGUCUUCUUGUGUUCAGGCAGUUCAGUUAGUUCAGUCAGUUCAGGCACAGACACGUUUGCUCAGUCAAUUGUCUGGUCAGUGUCAGUUUGGCAACGCUCGUAAUAGGACGUGUGUUUUUGUGUGCGGCGGCAUGGUCGGGCAACAUCGUGCUCAAGCCUAGCGUUCACUUUUUGAUUUCGGUAAACAGAGAUUUUUAGUUGAUAAAUUACAAGUUUUUGUCGUGAGUUGAGUUGAGUUAUUCGUGGUUGGAAAUAUAGCGAGUAGAAACCAAAAUAUAAACUUAAUGGUUCGUUUGAAUUACUAGCAAGCGAACGCCAUUUGCCAUUGAAUUUAAUUUACGCUGUGCCGACGACAUCGGAGACGCAAGCGGCAGAAGUGUUGCACGGCAGCAGUGGCGAGCGUGUUGUAAAGUGAGUGCGCUUGCUAGUUGGCCAGCGAGUAACAACAUUUGAAAAUACAUUGAAACCGGUUUGUUUGCCUUUUGGUAUUUAGUUGUGUGUGUAUGCGUGCGUUUUGCGGCUCAAAGCAGCCAGCAGCAGCACGGUGAGCUGUUUCAACGGUUUUGUGGAAAUUUCGAUGACUACGCGCGUAUAUGUGUGUGUGUGUCGCACACCGAAAGAAUGCAGUCAUGGAAAAGCAAGCAUAAAAACGCGAGUACCAGUAACAAUUGCUGAAAAAUUCCAAUGUACAAAAACAGGCCACAAAGACUGUUUAUAUCAAAUUUCAUUGUGAAAAAAUUUUGUGGCGCUAUAAAAAUCACAUAUAAAAAUUAAACGGUGAAUAAAAACGUUGCUGUUAAUAAAAACUAAAGCGAAAAAAUUGAAAAAAACACUUUAAAAAAUUUAAAAUUUAAAAUAAUAAAAAAAAAAUAUUAAAUAAAAAAGAAAAUAAACAGCUCAAUAUAUUAUAUCGAACCUAUUUAAGUUAAAAGCUAUUUGUAGUCGAAAAACAGCGUAAUAAAUAACGAAAAAUUUUAAAUAAUAAAACUACUGUAAGUAAAAUAUUCGCGAAGUGUUUGGUAUUUUACGCUGUUUUUUUAUGAAGCAAACAUUUGUGCAAGUGUUUGUUGUUGUACGUAAAUAUUUGUGGCAAAGUGUGCCUUACAUGGCUUAACAUAGCCAAAAAAGCAUCAAACCGUAAGCACACAAAAAUACGCUAAAACAUGUAGCAAUAAUUUUGACAGCUGCCAAAGCGCCGUGCUGAAACUUUGUGGUUUUAAGACAUUUAAAUUAAAUAUAACCGUGUGUGUGACCUAACCGGAUUUGCGCAAAUAUCUCUACAUAAAUAAAAAAAAUAAAAUAAAUGAACGUACUAAAUAAUUGUGCCGCAAUUUAUCACAGUUUAACCAAUAAUUUAUACUACGGCUUUGCCUAAUGCUGUGAAGUGUACAAAUUGAAUAUAGCUGGCAAAUAAAUUCAAUAGAAUAAGCGCCGCACGCCCAUGCUGAGCAGAAGAAUUGCCACUUGACAGCGCACACAGGCAGGCUAGCAGGCGGCAGGCUGACACAGCAGCGCAUUGGUUGCGGUGACGCAGAAUAAUUGAGGCGAAGCCACGCAAAUAAUCCUAUCAGCAAGCAAGCGAGCGGUCGGUAAAGCGCAACAAGAAAGUCAACUAAGUAGCACAGACAAGUCGGCCACUACAAAGUUGAACGUGCGCUGUAUGUUUGCCAACAAAAUAGCAACUACAAGACGUACGUAAAAGAUAUAGCGCGCAGUGAGCAACUCAAUCACGGAAGUAGCAAACGUGCGCGAGGCACAAACACGCUAUUUCUACUUCCGUAGCGCAGCGACGUCACUGUAUCGGUUUGCGGUCCUGUUGCGCCGCGCAAGCGAACGUAAAGGAAAAGUCGAAGCGAAAAACUUUUGCAAUAUCAACAACAACGCGUUGCGCCACAGGCGGCACCAAGCACUUCCCAAAAAAAAUCAGUGUUGGCACUGCAAAUAGCAAGCGCAUAGCAAGCGCUUAGUGGCUUGCAGCAAUAAGUGUCAGCGCGUUGGCCACCGCGAGGUCGGGAGUCGCGUUAAAAAUUCCAACAUCAAGCAACUAACACACACGUAUACAUAUACAGCGAGUCCGGAAGCCGCGAAAACUAAACUAAUUUUCAGCUUACGCAAACGCUACCAACGGCGCGCGUCAACACAUUUUUCUUACUCAAUGUUUCCGGUUGCCGCUGAGACCAAACAGCAGCACUAACGCCACACGCUUGCACCGCCAGCAGCUGCUAAAGGCAGCGCGCACACAGCAGCAAGUUGAAGUUAGAAUUGGAGUUGGAAAGUGCCGUCCACCUUCGUAUUGUGUAGGUGGCGAACACAUAAGUCCUUUAUUUUUUAGCGGCAAAUGCGCGUAAAGCAACUUAAAUUAAUAGUAACAAAAACGCAACGCGUUUGCCAUAUUUCAACGCCACGACACUUGAAGUGCAAAGGACUCGUCACACAAGUUCACUUUUCCUUACAAAUACCUAAGCGCAUGCAUACAAAUCAACGUGUACUUUAGACGCGUGUGCAGUUUUUGAUAUAAGUAGCAGAAACUAGUGCUAGCGCUUGUGCUGCGGAGCAACACCGCGGAAGGUUCUUGAGUAUUUGCCGUCCCGCGCCUCCGCGCAUGUUAUUCUAUCCAACUCAUUCAUGCUGCUCUGUUCGUUUCGGUCAUAAUGUCGUAAUAACUGUCACCACUGUUUGCUUAAAUGCGAACGAGCCAGUGCAAACAGCUAGCCCGAGUAGUAGCUGCGGCAUGAGCGCCAUCAUUUAAGAACGUAAUGUAGCGCAUGAAACGCAAACGCACCGAACGCAACCGUAGCGCAAGGCGACUUCAUAAAGUACUCGAAGCUAAACCAAGCCGGGCGGCUGGCAAAAGGAAAGUCAUCGUUAGUGGGUGCCAUUGCACUUUUUUCAUAUUUAAUUUAACGGAAAUUGUGUUGAAUUAGUGCGAACUAUAAAGGAGGCAACUAGCAGGCGAAGUAGUGAAAAUAGAAGAGAAAGAAAAAAUAAAUAGUGGCAUAAAAUAUACAAGUACUUACGAGUAAAAUAAAAUAGUUUACUUUAGUGUUAGUUCGAUGUGCCACCCCCCAUGAACACUGCGCUUCGAGCUGAGAUCUAAGUGUGUGUGUAUGUGAAGCCCCGCUGUGUGUAAAUAAUAGUUAUAUAAAGAAACUCAUACUUGAGUGUAUGCAAACAUAUAUUUGUCUAUACAUACAUACAUACAUAUAAGUGUAAAGUGUCUAACGCGUAAUUCCGUUUAUACAUACAUACAUACCGUCACACUUGUAGCAACAGCGUUACAAAUCGCCAGUGAAAUCGCGUGUGUGUGUUUGUGCGCGUUAGUGAGAUACUUAAAAGUUAUAACCAAGUCGAGCAGACCCAUUGAAGAGUUGAAGUGUGAAUAUUUAUAUACCUAUAUAUAUACUGUAUAUAUCUGUCGACCUACCAGCCGCGCGGCUGUUAGUCGGUCAGCAGUCAGUAAGGCAGUUAGCCAGCGGAUGCGAUUCAUAAUGAAAAUCUAAUUUAUGCGCACCGGAUUGAAGUGGUCAUCCAUCUCUGCAGCAGGCGAUUUUUGCCAACGUUUAUUUAUCACAGUUUUUAUUGUUGUUGUUGCCUGCAUCUUAUACGACUCGCUUGGUAAGCGACGCGACGCGAUACGUUGAAUGUGGAUUUGCAGCCAUCAACAUUAAUUUGUGCAUAAUUUCAUACGCAUUUCUGCGCUAAUUACCACGACAAGCGAGUCGCCAUUCGGAAUUCGGACGGACAGACAGCCAAUAGUGAGCAGCAGCAGCAGCAGCAACAACAGGCGCAGCAAGCAAGCAAAGGACAACGGCAGUCAGAGCCAAUAACCACCCAACAUAAUAAAGAUAUUUCAUUCCGUUUGCGCUUUGCUCCUUUGUUCGGACGAAAUUUCGCGCACGCAGCGAAUGCAAGAGAAGAACGAAAGGAGGAAUUGAAGGUAGUGAGGUAAAAGACUUGAGGCGCCAUAAUCGUACAAUUUGAGUACUUAAACGUCAACACAAACUGCCAUAUCAUUAGCCAGUGGGAGAACAGGAGUUAACUUCAUUGCCACAUUUUUGUCAUAUAUCAACAUGUGCCAUGGAGAAUUGCUUAGGCGGCAGCAAACGUACCAUCCGAGCACAAAGGGACUUACAACAAUUGAAGCAGCAAUGCCAUCAGUUGCCACCGAACCAGAAUUUCUACACGCAACAACAGCCACAGGUACAUCGGCAAGCGCAAACAAUCAAACAGCAGCAGCAACAACUACAACAGCAACUCUUGCAACAGCAGCAGCAGCAUCAACAAUUGCAGCAACAGCAAAGACUUUUACAACAAGAGGAACAACAGUUGCAAAAAACGGCAGCACUACUUCAUCAGCAACAACAACAACAACAGCAGCAGCAGCAGCAACAACAACAGCUCAUACAUCCGUUUCAACAAUUGACGCUACAGCAUCAGCAUCAGCAUCAGCAACAACAGCAACUGCAACAUCAUCACCAACAACAACUGCAGCAGCAGCAGCGCGACAUUGCGUAUCAAUUGGCCGCCGUGGAUUCGGAACAUAAUCGGCAAGCGUCAGUGUCGACAACACCUAAAUUGGUCACCAAUUGUUUGCAUUUUCCACCGCCGCCAGAUUAUCCACCGCCACCACCGAAAACGCCAACGGCCACCACCGGCGCCACUGUGACCACAGCAGCCACUAAAACAAUGUCCACGGCCAGCGCGAAGUCAGGAGCGCCAACUACUGCGACAACAACAGCAACAACACCGUUAGCAAACAAAGCGAAUGCCAUCGGGCAUCACCAUCAACACCAUCAGCAUUAUCACCAACAGCAACAACAACAGCUACAACAACAUCAACAGCUACAACAACACCAGCUACUACAACAAUUGCCACCACAUCACUAUCCACAACAACAUACCGACAAUGUACUGACGCACUUGGAACCACUGGCGCCACCUGCGGUGUCCGCGGCCACACAUACCACCGCUACGCUUGCGGUAAACGCCAUUUUGACCCCGUCGUCAGCGAACAAUACCACAGCCAACCACCACUCGUCCGCGUCCAGCUCACCGUCAUCCUCAUCGGCGACAAGUGGCACUACUAUAGGUGUCAGUCCGUAUGGACGACGGCAAGUGCUGCCACGAUACCCCGAUCCCGAUCCAGACGCCAUUGAAGUGUGCGACGAACAGGAGCCCAUAAACAUUUCGCGAGUGUCAUCACGUCACAAUAGCAAAACACUUGGUCGCGCAAAUGAAAUGUUCAACUCGGACGCGAAAUGGUCUGCGGUGCAACAGACCACAAGUUUACAGCUGUUGCAUCAACAUGCGCACGCCACACAUCCGCAUUCACAGCAUGAUUACUCGUACGCGUAUUAUGAGCCGGGCGCCGCGAUGCGUCACUCGAACAUACCACCGCCUGAAAUGGUACCUGGUAGCGCACACACGAUACAUCAUGCACCACCGCCGCCCAACUCGAUACGCGCGCUCCUCUCCAAGGGUAAGAAGAACAAAUUGUUGGCAUCACCGGCCGCACGUCAUGCCUAUCAGGCGCAUUACGGUCUAGAUGGCGCCACAGCAUGUGAUAGCGCUACAUUGCGCAGUAUGGCGGGUGCGACUAGUGAGAAUUUCUACGAAGAAAUAUCCUCAAAUGAAGCGGCACUCCAAUAUCACCACAACAACCAUCAUCAUCAUCUGCGGCCAUCGGGCGCUUCACAUUCGGCCGGUUCGCUAAAUCAAUCGCUGGUCGAAGAGGAAUUGCGCCGCGUACAGAGUCGUCAUCAUAAAAUACUGGGCGAAUUGAAUUUGUCCGUGGAGGCCAUGCUGAUGCCUGAAAGUCCGCCCAGCAGUAGUCCGACCAAUUGUGACGCACCCACCGUUAGCGUUACCACCGCUUCCGGACAGCCGAAUAUCGGCGCUGUUGCCGCCGGUGGCGCUAGUAGCUUACGUCUCUCUUCAACGUCGGCGGAUAAUAUCUGUGAUGGAAAUCUCUCCGAGCUAUUGGGUACAGUAGGACCCACAGAUGAGCUACUCUCGCCAGUGCAGUCUUCAACCAAUGCCGCCUUCUGUGCUGCCGACUUAGAUAGCGGUUUUAGCGGCAGCAGCGGUGCCAGCUACAUUGGUAGUCUGCGCAUACACAAGACCAAUGCCGCAUUGUCGCAUAUAAUGAGCACGCGUCAAACGCAAGCCAAUAGCACUGCGCCAUUGUCGACAUCCUGCAAUUUCUCUUAUGGCACACAAAGUUGUCGCUCCUUUCAGCGUUCUUCCUCCACGAAGCAACCGCAUCACUUGACGCUUGAUGAUGAUUUAAAUUCGGGCUUUUUAACACGCGCCUCGUGCGGUCGUCGCAUACUCAAUUGCGCUAAAAUUCGUGCAGCCGAGGAUCCGGGACCGGUGGUGCCGACAGAAUCGAAAGCGCGGAGCUUCUGGAAUCGCAAAGGUUGGCGCAAAUUGCCCGGCUUCUCGACAUCCACAUCCAGCAUUAACGAUACUGGCAUAACAGGUGAGCCAAUUUCCAUGAAAAAUGUGAAAGGAGACAACACAACAGACACGAAGACAAGAACGAAAACGAAAACGAAAAAUACGAGUACAAAGGCGAUUCCAUUAAUCUGCUUAAAACGCUGACCUUAAUUGGUGAAGUGUCAUUUGUCAGUGCAACAUUGUUGCUGAUGUGGUGCCUCUUGAUUGUGUGCUGUGCUGUGCUAUGCUUUGCUGUGCUCUAGUGUGUUGUGGAAUGGAAUGAGAUGGAAUGGACGAAUGGAAUGGCCGAAUGGACUCGAGAGAGAAGUGGUAAAGUGGUAAAGUGGUGAAGUGCCGUUGAAUGGAAUAAGUGCCAUGGGUGUCAAAGAGUGGCUUGGAUUGGCUCGCUUGCGGUGGCGUGUGUUCGUACAUAUGUAUGUAUGUAUUUGAUGUUAAUCGUAUUGAUGUUGCUGUUGUCGUUGCCAUUAUUGUUGUUGUUGCUGUUAUUAGUUUUGGUGUCGUUGUUGUGCUCUGCAUUGCAUUAGCGCAUCCGAUGCCGACAUUGCGACAAGGUGAAACAAUUGAUGGCUCUGCCAUCAAAGAUUUGUCUCGUUUCUAUAAAUCAUAUGAGCGCGGCUCCCCUCGCCCUGGCAUCGAGUGAAAACGCGCGCAACACCGAGUGCUGUUGAGUGGAGUUGAGCUGCCUGGUGACCAACCAGCCAGCUAACUAACGAACCAGCCAAGUCAGGCAGCCGGCACUUAAUAUCCGCUCAACUUCGACCAGCAGUCCAACACCGACUUGCGGGCUUAGCGACCACAUGACUUAACAUAUCGGCAUACUUACAAGCAUUACACUCACCAUAUAUACAUAUAUAUAUAUAUAUCAUUGUGUUUAUAUAUGUAUGUGCUCUUGUAUGUGUAUUUGUAAGUAGAAUGUAUAAUGGUCUGAUCAUUCUGUUGAACGGUUUGUCGCUGUUUGCUCUACUGUCUGACUUGUGGUGGUAAUUUAUAAGGCUUAAGGGAUAUCCAGCGCUACUUUUCACUGUCCUGUACAAGCCAACAAACAGCCACACAUCCAUACAGAGCGAUGUAGGUACGAGUUCAUUUAGCCAUGUACAUAUGUUAUUGUCGCCAUUGUAUCGCACAAUCAAACGCUGCGAUCUUCCUCACUUCGCUAAUCACACAAAUGUGUUUUUGAUUUAUCACAUCAGGCUUUUCGUAUGAGCGCAGAACGGCGUGGUGGCGACAAGGCGCGCGGCGCACACAGCAAUGAGGCCUUUAUUAUUUGAUUUUACUUUGUACGUAGCAACCAUAGACACACAUACAAACAUAAAUGUAAACAUACGUACAUAGAUCUAUAUAUACAUAUAUAAAGAGAAUAUGCCAGUUAAUGAUUACAAAGACUGCACCAACGAUUUGAAAUGAAAUGACAAACAUGCGAAACAAAAUGAUAUGUAUGAGAGACGAGAGUUGAGAAAUUAGUAAUAUUUUAAAUUUGACUUUUGCAAAUGGAAUUUAAAUAUUGUAUCUAAUUGUAGCACUGUAUAUACAAGAUUUUACUAACACAUAAACUAAGCAUUGAACUUAAAGAAUCAAUUGAAUAUACACAAAUGCAUUGAAGAUGAUACUAAAAUUAGUAAUACUUAAGUAUCGAUGUAAGCAAAAACAACAGUUAAAUAAAUUAUAAAAAUCAAAAUUAA